UUUUUUUAAGAAGAAGAAUAACAUCAACACGUGCCGCUUGAAUUUUAUUUUAGUUGUACGUUUUAAAAUGAUUAAAAUAAAGAGAAAAAUGCCAGCGCCACCUCCAGUAGACGAGGACUCGGACAGUGAUUCGAGCUUCGGUGAAGAGGAGACCUUGGACGCAGAAAUAAACGAAGAGGUGGACAGCUCAGACGAAGAACCGAGCACCAGCAAGCGCAAACAACAGCCAAAGGAGGAAGAUGAAGAUGCUGCCGACGACGAGGACGUUGCCAUCAAAGAUGAAGAUGAGGAUGAUGACGACGACGAGGAUGAUGAGGAAGACGACGAUGAAGAUGAUAAGAAAGCGCGGAUUCCUGUCUUCAACCCACUCAGCUUGAUGCGAAACAAGGAACAGCGCUUGGCCCUCUAUCGCAAAAUGAAGAAGGAGAAACACAAGAAGAAGAUGCAGGAGAGACGCGCCCGUCGCAAGGCUGGUGUGCCGGCCAAUCCGGGUCACACAAUCGAGAGUCUGCGUGAGAAGGAUCAGACAGAGGUCGCUAAUCUGAACGACUCGGACAACGAGGAGCUGCAAAAAGAGCUGGAAAUCGAUGACUUCAGCACGUACUUUGAACGCGUCUACGAACCGAAAGUUCUCAUCACGUUCGCCGACAAUCCAGUGACCAAGACGCGCAAGUUUGGCCUGGAACUGUCGCGCAUAUUCCCCAAUGCUCUGGUCAAGAUCAGGAACAAGGCUUCAGUGAAGAAGAUCUGCAAAAGCGCCGAACGAGAGGAAUUCACAGAUGUGGUCAUCAUCAAUGAGGACAGAAGGAAGCCCAAUGGUUUGCUGGUCAUCCACUUGCCCAACGGCCCCACGGCGCACUUUAAGCUGUCGAACGUCAAGCUGACAUCGGACAUUAAGAGGAAUCACAAGGAGAUAACCAAGCACAGGCCCGAGGUGAUUCUGACCAACUUCACAACACGCCUGGGCCUAACAGUCGGCCGCAUGCUUGGCGCGCUCUUCCACCACGAUCCCGAGUUCAAGGGCCGGCGGGCGGCAACGUUUCACAAUCAACGCGAUUACAUAUUCUUCCGCCACCAUCGCUACGAGUUCUCCAAGGAGGGAAAGCGCGUGAAGCUUCGCGAAUUGGGACCCAGAUUCACGCUGAAGCUGCGCUCACUGCAGGAGGGAACAUUCGACAGCAAAACCGGGGACUAUGCCUGGAUAAUCAGCAACAAGCGGCACGCCAUGGAGUCGCGUCGUCGCUUCUUCCUCUAAGUGUAUUUCGAUUCUUUGUAUUUAGCGUAGAGAACAUAAAAUAAA